CCAACGGACGGCUCGCACGUUCCUCCAACUAAAUUUAGGGUUUUGAUAGGGUUUUCCUUCUCCUCCUCCUCCUCCUCCUCCCCUCCCUCGGCUUCCGCUGCUUCUAGGGUUUCACCUCCUUCCUCUCUCUUCCUUCUUCUCUCUACAUCCUCAGAUGGCCCGUGGCUCUCCGCCUCCCUAAGGUUCUCGGAACCAAGAACUGGCCGACCUGAGGCUCCUUUUUUCCGCCAACCUCGUCGCUCUUCCGCUCUUCUCCCAAGCAUCUCUUUCCUGGAAUCUUCAUGGCAGUUUUUUUACUAUUCCCUUCAAAUGUUUCAGUCAUUACCAUCAAGACGCGUGCUUCUUGCUAGUUAAAGAGCAAGCGUGCAGGGGUAGUCGAAAGGAAUUGAAGGAUUCUUGAAAAUGAGAGAUUUGCAGCUGCCACUGAACCAAACCCAGAGAGUAAGGCUGCAAGCAGCUCUCCAGCAGCUUCAGGACCUUGCUUCUCAAGCUUCUGCUUCUUCCUUGGUCACCGUUGCGGACACAAUCCCUGUCAACAAUGAAGAUGGUAUUCUCAAGGGACAUGGGACGUCGGAACUUGAUGGUCAAGUGGUUGCCACUUUGUGUGGUGUGGUUGAGCGAGUAAACAAACUGGUUUAUGUACGCUCUCUAAGAGCCAGGUACAAGCCAGAGGUUGGAGAUAUUAUUGUUGGUCGUGUCAUUGAGAUUGCUCCUAAACGUUGGAGAUUGGAGAUUAAUUUCAGUCAAGAUGCAGUAUUGAUGCUUUCAUCUAUGAAUCUGCCAGAUGGUAUCCAGAGGCGGAGAACUGCUGUUGAUGAACUCAACAUGCGCAGUAUCUUUGAAGAAAAUGAUGUAGUUUGCGCUGAAGUUCGUGGAUUCCAGCAUGAUGGAAGUCUGCACCUUCAGGCAAGAAGCCAAAAGUAUGGAAAGCUUGAGAGGGGUCAAUUGCUUACAGUCCCAGCAUACCUGGUGAAACGGCGUAAGCAACACUUCCACCGUUUAGAGCAAUACUGUGUCGACUUGAUUCUCGGAUGCAAUGGCUUCAUCUGGGUGGGCGAGCACUUAGAAACCGGAGAAAAUGACAUGCUUGAAGACCGAGAAAAGAGACCAGAAAUUAGCAAAACCAAUAUGAUCCAUGAAGAGCAAGAGAGAACUUUCACUCCACUGGAAGUAAGGCGGCACAUAUGUCGGAUUGCCAAUGCUGUCCGUUUGCUUUCUGCGCUGGGCUUCAUUCUUACAGUCGAAUCAAUCAUAGACACAGUUGAAGCAAGUGCCUCUUCAAAUAUCGAGAUAAAAGACAUGCUAGGACCAGAAUUUUAUGUCCAGACUGUGGAGAGAGAAGUCCAACGCAGAAUAUUGCUGUCAAGGAAAAAGGGCUAAAAUGAGUGCAGGUUGAGACUAAUGCACUACGUUUCAUCUGUUGUCCUGAUUGCUCCUGUAGAAAGGAAAAAUACUCCUUUAAUUUGAAGCUUUCUGCUUUAUAUGGAGUUCUAUAGGUGAGAAGCGCUCGAUGAAUUAGAGAGAACUGGAUAAUUUUCUUUUCACUAUGGGAAAUAGCAUUCCCAUAUGCAUACUGGGGAAGGCGGGAGGCUGAUGUUGUGUAGCAUUAAAUUCAAGCUGAAAACUAGCAAGGCUGACAGGUUAAGUGAUCAAAUCAGCUCAAGCGAACAGAUGGAUUUAUUCUCAGAACUGUUGCUGGAUUCAUUUUCGAUGUACCAUUUCUUUCUCAGCUAUGAGCCACUGUCUAUCAGCUAACACAUGCGUUUAAUUCUUAUCAAAAGAAAAGAGAGCGCAUUUGACGUUGGGAUCU